AGCGCUCCAGCCGCGUCUCUGCGCACCACCCCGUAGCGGAGAGCUUUGUGCUCAAGCUCCCCCUGCAAGUCCGCGAUGGAGCCCGGGAGCAGUAACGAGGCCGCGGCGGAGCCGGGGAGAGCCCGGGUUAGGAGGAGGAGUGGCCAAGGGAGCAAGGAUUGAAUUAAGUAACUACAUCCGGGGUGUGGAGAAAACGAAGAAGUCUUGGAGGAUUUGAUCCAGGAGAGAGGCAAGCGUUACCUAGCUUCUGGGAUGGGCCACAGCCUGUGCAGUGUGGAUCAGAGAGGAGGAAAUGCCACAAUGUGAGGGACUGGACAGGGCCUUGUGCCAUGGCAGAGAAUGGGGAAGAGGAGACGGGGUCAGUAGAGGCCUCAGGGUUCUCAGACUUGAGUGACUCAGAGUUGCUAGAGUAUCUGGACCUGGAAGAUACUCAGGAGUCAAGUGCAUCACUUAGCAAGCCUGGUCCUUCUUCUGAACUCCCUGGGAAGGAUGACAAGCUCACAAGCUUACCAAAAUGGAAAAGAGGAUUGGAUGUCUCAUCACCUAUGGAGCGAUUCCACCUUAAAUAUUUGUAUGUCACUGACUUGUCUACUCAAGACUGGUGUGAACAGCAAAUGGUAUAUGGGAAGGAGCUUCCUGGUUUCUUGGCUCCUGAGAAGGCAGCUGUUUUGGACACCGGUGCCAGCAUCCACCUAGCUAGAGAACUAGAAGUUCAUGAUCUUGUGACUGUCCCCACCACCACUAAAGAAGAUGCUUGGGCAGUUAAGUUUUUGAAUAUAUUAUCAAUGAUUCCUGUCCUGCAGUCAGAAGGACGCAUCAGAGAGUUUCCAGUGUUUGGAGAAGUGGAGGGUGUGCUGCUUGUUGGAGUAAUUGAUGAGCUGCACUAUACCGCCAAGGGGGAACUGGAACUGGCUGAACUUAAGACACGCAGGCGCCCUAUGCUCCCUUCGGAAGCUCAGAAGAAAAAAGACUGUUUUCAAAUCAGCCUAUACAAAUAUAUCUUUGAUGCCAUGGUUCAAGGGAAAGUGACCAGCGCUAGCCUAAUCCACCACACAAAAUUAUGUCCAGACAAGCCACUGGGACCUUCAGUGCUGAGGCAUGCCCGGCAGGGAGGCUUCUCUGUAAAGUCCUUGGGUGACCUCAUGGAGCUAGUCUUCUUGUCUCUAACACUGUCUGACCUCCCAGUUAUUGAUAUCCUAAAGAUUGAGUACAUCCACCAAGAGACUGCCACAGUGCUGGGUACAGAGAUUGUGGCCUUUGAAGAGAAGGAGGUGAGAGGCAAGGUGCAGCACUAUAUGGCCUACUGGAUGGGCCACCGAGAGCCUCAAGGGGUUGAUGUGGAGGAGGCUUGGAAGUGCCGGACAUGCAACUAUGCAGAUAUCUGUGAAUGGAGGAAGGGUGGUGGGGUGCCCAGCUCCAUUCUAGAGCCCCUAGCCAAAAAAGUGAAAUGAACAGAAGGGUAUGCCUUCAGGAACUUUCAGCCUCCCUGCUUCUAAUGUGCUCAGCAGAGGAAAAGAGGACCAAUUUUUGAACUUAGCUUUCAUGGAGAAUAUUCUUAUUUUGGUUCUUUUCAUAUUUCCUCAAACUCUAACCACUCAAGUCAAGACCAAGUUUCAGGGGUGAGUGGGAGGAAUCUGGAGCUAUAGGUCCCUGGAACUUUGCUGUUAAUUGCCAAGAAGACAGUUGCUCAUCGUGGCUGGAGCAAAGGGCAUCCUUCAGCAAUCAUUGCUUUCCUAAGAAGAUCCUAAACUUUCUGUUAAGUCCCUUCCCUGUUUUUUCUUAGUUAACACUUUCUACGUUUUAUAUAAUAAAAUAGAAUGAAAUGCUG